AUGUUGGCCUCUGACCUACCAUACGACAUCCUCACAAAUAUUGCAGAGUACCUUUCUUGCGAUGACUCCCGUGAAUGCUCUUACUCCUGUAAAGCAUGGCUGACACCCUUUAGAAAAUAUGGGUGGAAAUCAGUCUUUAUCAACAGUAAAAGUUACUUUGAACACAUCUGCAGUCAAUCAAGCUCAAAAACGGAUUUUUCUCUAAAGGCCAACCGCUACUUUGUACGCAGCUUAGAUAUUGGAUACCACAUCAAAGUCAACAAUGAACAACUACACACACUGCAACAACAAUUUCAAAACAUAAAACACUUUACUGUGACAAAUGGAGUAUUUGAUAGCUCUAGCUUUGGGAACACAACAGAUUGGCGCAGUUGGAGAUAUCUUGAAACACUGGAAAUGACCGCACCUGCAAUGAAAUCCAUAGUCCAAUUUAACAAUGUAUUCGAGUCAUUGUCUCAUCUUGAAAGCCUUUCAAAUCUAUCUCUCAAUGGCUACCACAACGGAGAUGUAGUCUGCACCUGGGAAGAUAUUGAUAGGAUACAUGAAUAUUUACCUAAACUAAGGAAAUUGGAGCUAAACAUGGACUUUUCGCCGAUGAACAUAAAUGCCCUGGCGAAAAUAAAAGAGUCAACAAAGCCAGCGAUCAACAUCACCCAGAUCAACUUUCACAUCACACGCACUACCGCACUGUGGCUAUUCUAUUUUACGUGCAAAUACCCGAACAUUGAGUAUUUCUCUUGGGGGGAUGGGUUCAAAAGCGACGAGCAGUAUGAGAACUGGGAGCUUAUUAUGCCCAUGUUCUUCAGCCUAGAUACUAUGUUCCCCCGUCUAGUCGAUAUCUUUUUAAACGCCAGUGGAUCAAAUGCUAGAUCUUCGUAUUCAAAUUUUUGGAAACUCAUAAAUCGGUUCAAGGCACCCCUUAAAAACGUGUGCUACAGUACCAACUGGGAGCUAGAUACUAUUGCUGAGCCAGAGAAUACACUCACGGAAUGUCUUCAAGCUUGUUCGCCAACUAUGGUGACAUUGUAUUAUGGGAACAACACUAGACCUCAAAGUGUCAAUAAGGCACCGAUUGAGUUUACCAUGUGCCCGCGUCUUGUUGAUCUAUGCUUAGAGUUCUUUGGAAGCCGGCUCAAACUCGACAAUAUUUUGGACAAUUGCCCAGUCUUGAAGAAACUAGUACUGAAGUGCAAGCUCCUUUUCUUAAGUAGAGAAGCAACCAAAAAUUCGGCUGUUCCGCAUGGUUUGGAAUCCAUCGUACUCACACGAAUAAAAACUACUACCACCGUAUUCAGCUACCUAUCGCUUCGUUGCAAGGAUUUGAAUAGCAUGCGGCUGAAGUUUAUCAAGGUGCGAGGGCUUGUAUCUCCAACUACUGGCAGUUUGUGCAUCGACAUGCCGUUCACCCACUUUAAGCUUCUAAGAAUAGUUCAUUCGACAUUCUCACUGCAUAAGCAUCAAUACGAUCAAACAAAUGUGGACGAUAAGGAGCAUCACUUUAGCUACAGUCCUCAGUUGAUCAAUCUGCUUACUAUACAGUACACCGCACCUCCAGAGAAUCAUGAUAGCCCUGACGAUGUAUCUACAGAGACACCUUCCGAGCAAAGUGUCAGUCAACUUUGGUUUCAUUUUUAUCUUGAUCUUUCACAACGCAUUCCGGGCAGCAAAUCACAACUUCUUACUCCAGAAGAAGUAAAUUAUGCUCAGAUGCACUUUGAGUCGUUUAAAGAAAGGAAUCGUAUUCUACGGGGUAGUUCUGACCAAAGACCUGGGAACUAUUGCUGGCAUCCCAAGCGUUCUUGGAAAAAUGACCUUGUCCAUGGCCGUGUACUACUUAACUGUAGGGGUUUAGAUGAGUAUCAUAUAAAGGGCGUGAGAACCAAAGGAUGUUACUCUGAAUCCGACGUAUCUUAUUGA